UAAAAAACCAAUAAUACCAACCCACAGUACACUUUGUUCCUAAAACCAAAAACAAUUUCUAACCCACUUGAAAUUUAUCAACAAAUGGCAUCCAUGACAAUGGCAUCCACAUUCCUUGGUGGCGCGAUGGCUGUCACCAAGACACCCUCAUCAUCCUCAGCCGUCACCAGCCGUCGUGGGCUGGUGGUGAUGGCCAAUGCCUCAAAGGUUGAGAAAGUUGUCAUGGAUGAAACCAACAAGAGCAACAAGAAUGGGAGAAGGGACAUGAUGUUUGCUGCUGCGGCUGCAGCUGCAUUUUCGGUGGCUAAAGUUGCAUUGGCUGAUGAUGACGAGCCUAAACGUGGGACCGAAGCUGCUAAGAAGAAGUAUGCAGUUGUGUGUGUGACUAUGCCUACUGCACGUAUUUGCCGUAACUAGAUAUAUACAUGCUUAUAUAUAUUUAUACGCAUGGAUAUAUGUUAUAUUUUUAGCAAGUUAAAUUUGUGCAUUUGAGCAUAUAUGUGUACAAUUGAUUAUAAUAUAUGCUUCUGGUUGUUUAUUUUAA